AUGAAGAAUCUCAUACUUGUUCUUGCUAUGAUUCUCUUCUCAGGCUGUGUCACAGCAAGAGAAUUGAAGUCAACUCCAUCUUUAGGUAAGGAAGAGCUCCUUUCAUGGCCUCACUACCCUCACUUUCACCCAAAGCCACAUAAGGUCCACCGCGCCAGAAAACCCUCCCCACUGCACCCUGCUGGCCGUCACCAUCCAGUUCCGUUCCAUCCACCACCGGAAGUCACCAAAUGCUUGUCCGAUGGACAGGAUGCAAGAAGAUGUCUUGUGGAUAUCUUUAGGGCUUCCGUCACCCGCAAAACUGCUAUCGGACCCGAUUGCUGCGCUGCGAUCAGGAAGAUGAACAAAGAUUGUGAGAAGACCGUCUUUGGAUCUUUCCAUAACCCUUUAGUUCACACAUAUGUUAAACUACAUUGCUCCAACAAGGCUGUUUCUUCUCCGGCUGGUGCUCCUUCUGGGGCAGUUUCUUCUCCGGCUGCUGCUCCUUCUCGGGCAGUUUCUUCUCCGGCAGCUGCUCCUUCUCGGGCAGUUUCUUCUCCCGCUGCUGCUCCUUCUCCGGCUUAG